AAUCGAACUUUGUUUUGAUCGUCCUGAUGCGGCGGAUCAUGAAGAGGAUGCCACAGAAUCUUGAUAUAGGAGCAGAGAUUAAUGCUAUCAUGAAAGGCCGGUUACCGCGAUGGGAGAUGGGGCCUCAGGAGGCAAGAAGAACAGAAUCUGCAGGACGUGUGGACGGAUCGGGAACAGUGGAGAUAUGCAUCCAAGACAUGCUGAAAGAAAAACCCGUCCGCUUUUCUCCUCAACAACUUGCAGCUUUUACCCAGAAUUUUUCUACCAAACUUGGUUCAGGCGGCUUUGGACAUGUCUACAGAGGAGUCCUUCCUGAUGGGGUACAGAUAGCCGUAAAAGUACUCAAACCCAACAGAGGCCAGGACAAAAGAAUGGAAGAGCAGUUCAUGGCUGAAGUGAGUACCAUCGGGAGAACUUACCACAGAAACCUAGUCAGGCUCUAUGGUUUCUGCUUUGAUUCUCAGCUCAAAGCGCUAGUCUAUGAGUACAUGGAGAAUGGAUCACUUGACACGGUCUUGUUUGGCAGGGAGCAUAGAAUCGAGUGGGAAAAGUUGUACGAAAUUGCGGUUGGCGCAGCCAAGGGGCUUAAGUACUUGCACGAUGAUUGCCACAAAAGGAUCAUUCACCAUGAUAUAAAACCCGGAAAUGUUCUGCUUGAUUCCGAUUUCUGUCCCAAGCUUGCAGAUUUUGGACUAGCCAAGCUCUCCAAUAUGGACAGCACACAUGAAAACUUCUCGGGUGGGGGCACUCCAGGAUAUGCUGCCCCAGAGGCUUGGAUGCCAUUUCAAGUGACUUACAAGUGCGAUGUUUAUAGCUUUGGGAUGAUGCUAUUCGAGAUUGUUGGACGAAGAAGGAACUUUUACAACUUCUCCGGUGAGGACCAAGACUGGUUUCCAAGACGGGUCUGGGACAAAUUCGACGAGGGAGAAUUGGAGGGGCUUCUGUUGGAGAGGGGGAUCAAGGAGAAGGCGAUGGUGCAAGCCAAGAAAAUGUGCAUGGUAGCUUUGUGGUGUGUCCAAUACCUCCCUCAGGACAGACCUUCCAUGGAUCAAGUGUUGAAGAUUUUAGAGGGCGGAGACCAAAUUACAACGCCUAAAAACCCAUUUCAGCAUUUGGCAUUAUCAUCUGAUAUGCCACCUAUCAGCAUUGAGAGCAGCACAAACUCUAGGAGUGAUGAAACCACUGACAAUAGUAGCGCUUGGCUCAUGAACAAGUACGAAAGGGAAGAGGCAUCUUCAUCUGGAUGAACUAAAGGUCUUCCACAGUGUAAUCCAAUUGAUACUCCUUGAUGUAAUUGGGUGUAUAAUACUGUUGUAUAGCAAAAAUUCUCAGCUGGUAGCCUAUCUCAUGAUCAUGGCUUCAACUAG